GAUUGCGACAAUGGAUAAUUCGGACGAUUCAAAAUGUUCAGCGCUACCGCAGCGAGUCAUUAUAUCUUUUUUGGGUUUUCUAUCCAUUGUCGUUUCAUUUUUAAUGCGAGGAUGCUUGUCAAUUGCAAUCACUGAAAUGGUUGUACCAAUGAAUAGCACAGCAAGCAGCAAUGAAUCUAUCAAUACAGCACCAAUGGAGAGUAGCAGUAUGGACGGCACCAGGUAUAAUUGGAGCCAAGAGCAACAGGGAUAUAUAUUAUCUUCAUUCUUUUACGGUUAUUUAAUCACACACAUUCCCGGUGCUCUUUUGGCACAGAAAUUCGGCGGUAAAUGGACAUUGGGCCUGGGAGUUCUGGGGACGACCAUUUGCAAUGCAGCAACUCCAAUUGGCGUUUGGUAUGGUGGCUACGUAGCCCUAAUAAUCUUGCGUGUAAUGAUGGGCCUGUUCAACGGUUCAAUGUAUCCCGCUCUCAGUGUUUUGCUUGCAUGUUGGGUUCCAGAGAAAGAGAGAGGCAAACUAGCUGCAUUUGUACUCGGCGGAGCACAGAUUGGAUUUCUCAUUUCAUUUUAUGUGUCCGGAUUGAUUCUAUCUCACUUCCCGUGGCCCGUGGUUUUUUAUUUCUGGAGUGGUGUAGCUGCAAUUUGGUUCAUUCUAUUUGCGUUAAUCUGUUACAAUGAUCCAGAAUCGCAUCCAUUCAUUUCGAAAAAAGAAUUAGCCUAUUUGGAGUUGGAAAUAGGGCAGUUAAAACGUCACAAUAAUCUACCAUCAACGCCAUGGAAAGAAAUAUUCACAAGUGUGCCAAUUCUAGUGCUUAUCAUUGCACAGGUAAUCAACGACUAUGUUUUCUACGUUUUGGCAUCGGAUUUGCCGAAAUAUAUGAAAGAAGUGUUGAAAUUCUCGGUUGCUGAUAUUGGAUUCUACUCUUCGAUGCCGUACUUAUUGAUGUGGAUCGUGUCUUUAGUGGCUGGUUUCAUCUCCGAUCACUUGAUUAGCGGAGGAUAUGUCACUGUUACUCAAGCACGAAAGUUUUUUGGUGCUCUAUCUAGCGUUUUUCCAUCGGCUUGUACUCUUGCUGCUUCAUAUGCUGAAUACAACAAAACAUAUGUCGUCCUUUGGCUUACACUUUGUUUUGGAUUUCAGGGCUGUUACUAUGCUGGUUUGAGAGUAAAUAUUCUUGAUUUGAGCCCAAACUAUUCUGGUCCUAUUAUGGCGGUUAUCAAUGGAAUUGCGUCAUUUUCUGGCAUGGCCGCACCUACUUUCGUUGGCAUGAUGAUACCUGACUCAACGCUUGAGCAAUGGAGACUGGUGUUCAUUGUUUCCUUUGGCAUUUCAAUGGUCAGAACAAUCAUUUAUACAGUUUGGGCGUCUGCAGAAAUUCAACCGUGGAACGACAGAAAUAAAUCACCUGAAUCGAAAAAUCUCACUGGAAACACGGAUGAUUGCAUGAUUAAAGAAAUUCUGGAGUAACCUCUAAGGCUUUGGUUUAUGCUGAUCAACUAUGAUUUAAAGGGGAUGAAUGAAAUAAAAUGAUUGAAAA